UCACUGGUGUCAUAGGGCUCACGACUCUGCCCAUGGGGAAGAGGAGGGCACUCCGCGUACGCCGAAUUACCUUCGAAAGGGAGGAUUUUGAGGCGGGUCUCCGAGAGAAGGGGGCGAUUUCGGCGAAGGAGAGGAGUGGGGACUGCGAUGGGUGUUGUGGUGGUCGGACGGUUGUGAUCUUUGGGCUGUGGGCAGUGCUCAUGUACUAUGUCAUCCGGAUCGCCCCCAACCAGUCACUGUACAAAGAUUGGUACUACGUUCAGAAACUAUUUUUUCUGAAAGGAGAUGAUGGUUUUGUGAUGAACCAAGUCCUAAUAGCCGCAUGGUAUAUUUUGGGUCUGUUGCCCCUUAUGUAUGGCAUGUUGUUGGUUCCUACCGGAAGAAGUUCAAGAUAUAAAGUUCCUGUCUGGCCUUUACUAAUUGCUUCCUUCUUCGGUGGUUCAUAUGCCCUACUUCUUUAUUUCCUUAUUUGGAAGCCUCCGCCACCAGAUGUUACAGAAGAGGAGCUCAAUAGUCGGUCUGUAAAGUUUGCGGAUUCAAAGAUUACUGCUGCAAUUACAACUGUUGCAGGUUUGGGUCUAUAUAUAUAUGGCGGUAUAGCCGAUGGAGCAGUGUGGAUUGAGCUCUACCAAUACUUCCAAGAAAGCUGGCUUGUUCAUGUAGCAAUCCUCGACAUAUUUAUACACUCAUUCCUCGGGCUAUUCUGGGUGUAUAAUGACAUGCGUGAAAGGGGAUGGAUUCACAAAGGCGCUUGGCUUUUGCCGUUCACACUGAUUCCAUUAGUCGGACCGUCAUUUUACGCUCUUUUACGCCCUCCUCUGUCAGCGCUUCCCGUGUUUACGUCUUCCACCAGCACUAAGAAUGACUAAGAUGGAGUUUGGUGUGGUUGCCCGUUCCCUUCAGUCGAGUUUUGAUGGCUUUUAGCGGUUUCUCCAUGUUGAAUUCUUGAUUGUAUCUACUUGCCUCUCAUAUGGAUGUUCGGGAAUCCAGCUCAAGGCAAAGAAAAAUAAAAGAAGAAUUCGUCGAUAAUGAUGUAAAAUGUUUAUUGUUUUGUUUUAUUUUCAUUUCUCAAGACUAAAUCCACAUAAAACUCCCUUCAUGCUUGGUUUACUCGUAGGAUAAAGAGAGGGGAGCAAAUUGAGCUCUAGGCCUGUUUACUUCGAAGGACCCCGAAGGGCCUUUUGCGAAAAGAAGUCAUCAACUUCUUAACCAAAGCUCAAGCCCGAUCGAGCAGUGUCUAGGCUUGAGAUCUAGAUCGUCGGCUGCUUCAUCACCAUUUUUUCAUUCAUGGUUUACAAUUAUCAACCAUUUUAUAGAAAUUGCUACUUGCACAUGAAGAUAUAACACUAUAUUAAUAAAUGUAAGUAUGUUUCAUGA